UUUAUCUGUAAAGACUCAGCAUUGUCUUGUUCGUAUGUCCAAACUCAACCUUUCUGAUCUCCUUGAAACUCAGGGAACUAAUGCAUGGCUUCCACUUUCCACCAUCAUCAUCCACAUACCCUUAUUCCACUAAUCAUCUUAUACUCCAUUUUCUUCUCUUUUUAUCCUGCUUACUCAAUUCAAUUCCAAAUCCCUUCUUUCAAUCCUGGUGAUGCCAACAUACUCUACCUAGGAGCUGCAGCAACAAGGGAUGGUUCUGCUGAUUUCAAUGUGAAUGACUUAUACACUUGCCAAGUUGGAUGGACCAUUUACUCCAAGAAGGUGUUACUUUGGGACUCAAGAACUGGUAAACUCACUGAUUUCACAACUCACUAUACAUUCAUCAUUGACACAGGAAAUAAAACCACCUAUGGCCAUGGUCUUGCAUUCUUCCUUGCCCCUGUUGAUUUUGAAAUCCCACCCAAUUCCUCUGGUGGAUUUCUUGGAUUAUUCAACACCACAACAAAGGAUUCAGCACAGAAUCAAAUUGUCCUGGUUGAGUUUGACUCUUACCCAAACUCUGAAUGGGGUGAAACUGUGCAGCAUGUUGGGAUCAACAACAAUUCAAUUGUUUCGACAAAGUGGACCCCUUGGAAUACUAGUUUACACAGUGGAGACACUGCUGAUGUUUGGAUUAGUUACAACUCCACAACUAAGAACUUGAGUGUAUCUUGGAAGUACCAAAACUCAUAUGAUCCUGAAGAACACACUAGUCUCCCUCUUGCAAUUGAUUUGACAAGGGUCUUACCUGAGUGGGUUACAAUUGGAUUUUCUGCUGCAACAGGUUCCUUUGGAGAGAUUCACACUCUUCUGUCAUGGGAGUUCAACUCAACUUUGGACAGAGCUGAAGGAAACAAUUCAAAGAAGACAAGGUUAGUAGUGAUUCUAACUGUUUCUUGUAGUGUUCUAGCAGUGGGAGCAAUUGCAGCAUUUGGAGUACUUUGGAAUAGGAGGAAGAAGAAAAGCAAGAAAGAUCAAUUAGAGGCUAUGAAUUUAACCUCAAUGAAUGAUGACCUUGAAAGAGGAGCAGGACCAAGAAGGUUCUCGUACAAAGAACUUGCUUUGGUUACCAACAACUUCUCCAAAGACAGGUUGUUGGGUAAAGGAGGGUUUGGAUCUGUCUACAGAGGUUACUUUGCAAAUCAAGACUUAUCAGUUGCUGUGAAGAAGAUAUCAAGAGGGUCUAGACAAGGGAAGAAAGAGUAUGUAACUGAGGUCAAAGUCAUUAGCCAACUCAGGCACAGGAACCUUGUGCAACUCUUGGGUUGGUGCCAUGACAAAGGGGAGUUCUUGCUUGUUUACGAGUUCAUGCCGAAUGGAAGCCUUGACUCUCACCUAUUUGGUAGCAAAAAGUCACCAAUACCAUGGAAUGUGAGGCACAAGAUAGGACUUGGAUUAGCAUCUGCAGUGCUAUAUCUUCAUGAAGAAUGGGAGAGGUGUGUGGUGCAUAGGGACAUCAAAUCAAGCAAUGUCAUGUUGGAUUCCACCUUCAAUGUGAAGCUAGGUGACUUUGGACUAGCCAAGCUCAUGGACCAUGAACUUGGUCCCCAAACAACAGGGAUAGCUGGAACAUUAGGGUACCUAGCACCAGAAUAUGUGAGCACAGGAAGGGCAAGUAAAGAAUCCGAUGUGUACAGCUUUGGUGUGGUGGCAUUGGAGAUAGCCACAGGGAAGAAAGCCCUUGAUGUGAUGGAAGAUUGUGAUGGUGAAAAGGGGUUGGUUGAGUGGGUUUGGGACCAUUAUGGAAGAGGAGAACUGGUUGUGGCAGUUGAUGAGAGGUUGGGGAAAGAUUUUGAUGAAAGGGAAGCAGAGUGCUUGAUGAUUGUGGGGCUAUGGUGUGCUCACCCUGAUGCAACUAUGAGACCGUCAAUAAGACAAGCAGUUCAUGUGCUUAAUUUUGAAGCUGCCAUGCCAAUCAACCUUCCAACAAAGAGGCCUGUUGCAACAUACCAUGAUCCUACUACUACACCAACACCAACACCAUCAGUGCAAGAUUCUAUAACCACAAGCCUUCACACUGGUCGUUGAUCAUAUCAUUCCUGGUGCAGUUUCUUUUGUCUACACUUGUUCAUCAUGUAACUAAUGUCUUCACUUGUUCAUCAUGUAACUAAUGUCUUCACUUGUUAAACAAUGAACAAUAAUAUUUACA